CAAAUGUUGACCAUCUCAGCGCGCCGUUCAGCUCUGACCCUCACAACCCGGCGAGCUUGUUCUUCAUUUUUGCUACGGACGGGCACAAUCGACCGCCUCUUCCAGACCAAACGCGACAUGUCGAUCUCCAUGCAUCCGUCCUUGUCUGCAGUCUCAACAGAACUUGCACCGGCUGCCAUCGGUCCUUACUCCCAAGCCGUCAAAGUCGGGGACCUCGUCUUCGUCUCCGGCUGCAUUGGCUUUGAUCCCAAAACCAUGCUUAUCGUGGAAGGGGGUGUCGAGGCCCAAGCGGAGCAAGCACUCAAGAACAUGAAGAAUGUGCUCGAGGCCAGCGGCAGUGAAGUGGGCAAAGUUGCGAAGACCACGGUAUUCUUAAAGGAUAUGAACGAUUUUGUGGCCGUGAACGGAGUCUAUGCCAAAUUCUUUGGCGACCACAAACCGGCGCGCUCUGCUGUGGAAGUUGCCCGGUUGCCGAAAGAUGCAUUGUUCGAGAUGGAGUGCAUCGCUAGUUUGAAGUAAACGCAUGUCUCUUUGGAUGUCAAUUGCAGUUGUUCGUACAGCAGGAUACAAUGCAGCGUAUCGGGGCAGUAAAUCAAUCUGUGGUCGACAUUCCACCCAGGGAAGUCACCGAAAGCUCGUAGAAAGCAGAUGGAACGAGGGUAGCCGCAGGCGCCCAUUCAAAGCUGUGGUCCGUGGUUGACAUCGUCCCUAUGCUCAGCACAGAGAAGCCCUCGAAUUCGGCAGGGAUUGUGUUGGUGGGGAACGUAUUGGGAGCCGACGUGAAGGAGACGUCGGAUGUCGACAUCGUACCGAUGCUUGACACGGUGAAGUCAUCGAAGGCAGACGUGAUGACUGGCGUAGCUGGCGGGUGUAAAUACGUCGUGCCCGGUGCCGAGGCGGAAGGACGACGGUCAGGUCUUCGAAGGCGGUGGGAAUAGGAGCGUUUGGCUCGGGUGCCACGGCCCUGCGUCCGUCGGGAGUGGGCCGGCUGGUCUGGAUGCGGUACAUGCCGUCAUCGGUAGUAGUGGCAGUGGUGGCGGUGGCAGGCGGCAUGUUUGUCGAUGUCGGGGCGACCAAGGUAGAGGUGUUGAUGGUGGAUGAAUCCUCUGAGCUCCAAGUGAUGGGUGCGGCCAGCGCAGGGCUAAGAGCAAGGGUGGUGAAGAAAAGCGACGAGUGCGAGAAGACCAUCGUGGAGGUCGUCGGGUAUCGUUGAGAGGAGAAGUGGUGAUGUUUGGAGGAAAAUUGGCGGGAUUGCGUCCGUUGCGAGAGCCGCCAUUUGCCUUCCGCCAUCCGUCACUUGCUCAUCCCGCAACUUCCGCGAUCGUCCCG